AUGGGUGCCCGAGGUGGCAUCUCCACACUGCUGCUUCUGCUGCUGCUGCUGCUGGCCGGCUACUCCCAGCCCCUGGGAGCGGGACUCCCGGCCGGAGUCUCUUUCUUCGGGGACAGCUUUGUGGAGAUGCCCCUGGCGGACGCCUCGCGCACGAUGCGGCUCCACCUGCAGCUGUACACCAGCCAGGGGACUGGGCUGCUCUUCCUGGCCGCCGGCCAGCCCGACCACCUCCUGCUCCAGCUGCAAGACGGCAGCCUGCAGGCCAGGCUGCAGCUGGGCUCAGAGGAGGUGACCUUGCAGUCCCCAGCAGGGCUGCAGCUCAAUAACCUGGCAGCGCACGACGUGGAGCUGCUGGUGGAAGAUGGCAGGAUGACACUGACCAUCGACGGCCUCUUCAACAGCUCCACGGACAUUGCAGGGCCAGCAAGGGAGCUGGACAUCCAGCAUGGCCUCUAUGCUGGUGGGACAGGCAGCCUGGACCUGCCAUACCUUGCCAAGGCCAGCCCUCCCUUCAGGGGUUGCCUCCACUUGGUAACAUUCAACGGCCUGGAUGUUCUCUCCCCUCUGUCCUCUGAUGGCAGCUCCAAGAUCUUCCACCAUGUCCAGGAAGGGUGCAGCACACAGUUCUCUGCAGAGCCUGAGGACCCAUUUGGGUUCCAGGGGCCACACUCCUACAUCGCGUUUCCCACGUGGGAUGCGAGAAAGGAAGCAACCAUCGAGUUCGUGAUAACGACGAGCAUCACCCAGGCACCCCUGAUCUACCACGCAGGGCUGGAGAACGACUUCUUCUACCUGGAGAUCUCCAACGGACGCCUGCGAGGGUUUGUGGAGAAGGGGAACGGCAUCAUCGUCCUGCACAACAACGUUUUCAUCAGUGACGAGCAGCAGCACUACGUCAAAGUCUACACGGACAUCCACAAGUUUGAGAUACUGGUAGAUUACUACGCUUCAUCCACAUCCAACCGGGGCAUCAACAACUACCUGGACCUUCAGGGAAACCUCUUCAUUGGAGGUAUGAAUGAAAAAGCUUUUCAAAGGCUGAGGGAGCAUCAUCUUGCUUUCAUCUCAGUGUGGACCAUGACCAACCACUCGUUCGUUGGCUGCCUGGAGGACCUGCGGAUAAACCUGCAGAGAAGGAGCCUGCAAGACGCCGUGAUCACAAAGGACAUCACAUCAGGCUGUGGGAAGCAGGACCAUUACUGGGACUAUGAGGAGGUGUAUGAGCAGGAUGAGGCACCUACCUCCCCACCCCCAAAUGUCUGGUCGGGAGCACCGGGCCUAGUGGUGGAACCAUGCCGGCCCGACAGCAGCUUCCCACCUGCCUUUGCCAACAUCAGCAGCCUUCUACAUGUCAGCCCCCUCAUCGUCUCCGAAGGGGGCAUGGCCUAUCUGGAGUGGAAACACACACAGCCAACAGUAGACUUGAGCCUGGCAAACAUCCGUCAGUCCCAAAUUCUCUUCAGCAUCACCAAUGACCCGAGGCACGGCCAGCUGGAGCUGGACAUCCCCGGGUCCAGGAGCAGAAGGAAGUUCACCUUGUUGGACAUUGUGAAUCGGAAGGUCAGAUACAUUCACGAUGGCUCUGAGGGACCCAUGGACCAGCUGAUGCUGGAGGUGACAGUGACCACCCAGCAAGGGGUCCCGGAGUGCUUGCGGCAGGGGCAGAUGUACCUGCUGCCCAUCAUGAUCAACCCCCUCAACGAUGCCCCACAGGUCAUUUUUCCCCGUGGGAACCACAUGACAAUCCUGAAGCACACACGGAAACACCUGACCACAGACAUCCUGCAGGUCCUGGAUGAUGACACAUCCUGUGAUGACCUCGAAUUCCAGGUGCAUGGUGGCCAGCAGAUGGAGGAGGGUUAUGUGGAGUUUGACUUCCACCCCGGAGUGCCCAUUGAAGAGUUCUCCUGCAGGGACCUGGAAGCUGGCAACGUAGUCUACGUGCACCAGAGUGGGACAAACUUACAGCUCACCUUGCAAGUGAGCGACGGCACAGUCCCGAGCCCCAUGGCCACCCUGAGGAUCCUCGCCAUUGACCCCGAAAUCCGCCUGGUCAACAACACCGGCCUCUCCAUCUCCCAAGGAGGGGCCGCACGCAUCACCACAGCCAACCUGUCAGUGGAGACGAACGCUGUGGAACAAUGGGUCGCCAUCCUGUACGUCCUCACAGAGCCCCUAAGGUAUGGCGAGGUCAAGAAGCAAGGGAGCAUGGGAGGGGAAUGGAAAAAAGUCGAGUCUUUCCACCAGCAAGACCUGGAGCAAGGGCGCAUCCAGUAUUUUAGCACAGACCCAGAGCACCGGCUGGAAGACAGUGUGGAGAAGCUGAGAUUUGAAGUCCAAGUGGGGCAGAAGGUCUUGCCAAACAACACCUUCCUCAUAAGGAUUAAAAGAGCCACCAUUAAGAUGAGGACCAUGGUUCCCCUCCAGAUGAAGAACAAGCGGCAUAGAAAUAUCACCAGCGAGGAGCUGGAGGCAAUGUUGGAAGAUCCAAACUCCGCCCCAGUCUCCUUCCACUAUAUCAUCACACAGGCUCCCAAAAAGGGAAAUCUGGAGCUGCUUGGCAACAGGCUGACCGAAGGCUUUGGAUUUACCCAAGAUGACCUGCAGAGAAACCACCUGAGCUACAGUGUGACCAUCAGGAACUCCCAGCAAGCCGAGGACACCUUCCAGUACCGUGUCCAUGCCGGUAAGCAGCACUCUCCCGUCUAUACCUACACAAUCAGCAUCGGUGGGGACCCCGAUGCGCCAGUGCUGACCAAUGUCCUCCUCACCGUGCCGGAAGGGGGACAGGCCAUCAUCUCCAAGGAUCACUUGUUUGUGCAGAGCGUGAACAGCAUGGACUACCUGUAUGAGGUGAUUGAGGGGCCAGCACACGGGAGACUGGCCUGGGCUGCCUCCCAUGGCUGGGCCUCCAGAGAAGAGAUCACAGAGUUCACCAAUGACGAUAUCCUCCACCGCCGGCUGCUGUACCAGCAUGACGACUCUGAGACACUGGAGGAUGACAUCCCCUUCGUAGCCAUCAGGCAGGGCGAGGGCAGCGCUGAGCCUGAUGUGGAGGAGGUGAGGGGUGUUUUCAGGGUCUCUAUCCAACCCAUCAACGACCACAUCCCUGUCCGGGCAGUGAACAAAGUCUUCAACGUGGUGCGCAAUGGGCAACACCUGCUGACGACUGACGACAUUGCCUUCACUGACAGGGACUCCGGCUUCUCUGACACACAGCUGGUGCUGGCAAGGAAGGACAUCUUGUUUGGCAGCAUCGUGUCUGUCGAUGACAGAAGCCACCAGGUCUAUCGGUUCACACAGGAUGACUUGAGGAAGAAGAAGAUCCUCUUUGUCCAUUCAGGGGCUGACCGUGGCUGGAUCCAGCUACAGGUCUCGGAUGGUCUCCACCAAACCACGGCCCUCCUGGAAGUGCAGGCAUCAGACCCCUACAUCAAUAUAGUCAACAAUACCGGUCUGGUCAUCCACCAGGGCACCCGAGGGAGCAUUGACUCCUCUGUUCUCAACCUGGAGACCAACAUGGACAUUAGGUCAGAUGAAGAGAUACGAUUCCUGAUAACAACCCCCCCGAGGUGGGGGACCAUACUGAGAGGGGAACAACCGGUCAUGGCCUUCUCCCAGAAGGACCUGCUUGAAGGAGAGAUCUCCUACCACCACAACGGCAGCAGGAACACCCGGGAUGAGCUCCAGUUCACUGUAGAAGCAAACGAGGUGGCAGUGGAGGACACACUGGCCAUCAGCGUGUUCUUGGACACCCAUCCCAGUCCCCUGAGCAUAGUCAACCACAAGGAGAUCUAUGUCUUCCAGGGGGAAGCAGCUGGGAUCAAGGAGGAAUACUUACUGGUGACCCACGAAGAGAUCCCUCCCCAAGACAUAGUCUACCUGGUGAGCAGCCCCCCAGCCUCUGGCUUCCUGGCAAUGCUUCAGGACGGCCAGGAUGUGAACGAGCAGCCCAGCCUGGACCCCAUCCAGUCCUUCACCCAGGAGGACAUCAACAGUGGCAGAGUCCUCUACCUCCACUCCAAGCCCAAUGAGGAGCGUGACCGGUUUGUCACAGACAUCACAGCCCGCGGUGUGGACGCUCUGGAGGGGGUGGUGGUGAGCCUGGUUGUGCUCCCCAUCAACGUGCCCUUGGAUGUCCACAACAUUACAGUGCCAGGAGGUGGCUCUGCUACCCUCUCCUCGGGCAUCCUCAGCAUCCCCAAUGCGUACUACCCGGCUCUGGGCAUGGAGUUCAGGGUGCUCGAGCCCCCCCGGUUUGGCACUCUCCUGAGAAGCGAGCGGCCUGAGGAGGGUGGGCUGGACAGCUUCACCUGGAGCGAGCUGCAGGAAGGUGCCACGGCUGCUAUCAGCCCCCACAUCCUGAGCGCCGAGGACGAGGAUUCCCCAGCAGAGGAGCUGACCUAUUCCAUCCAGCCCCCAGCCAAUGGGAAGGUUGUCCUGAGGUCAGCACCCAGUGCUGAGGUCAAGAUGUUCACCCAGGCCCAGAUAGACAAUGGCCUUAUCCUCUUCGUGCACCAAGGACCCCUGGAUGGAGGCUUUGCCUUUGACCUGUGGGAUGGUGAGAACCUGUCUCCUGGGCACUUCUUCCUCAUCAGGGCCCAGAGAGAGCCCACCAUCAGCCUGGCCAAGAAGCAGAGCCUCACCAUCUGCCCAGGUGCCCGGCAGCCCAUCACCAGCCAGAACCUGCAGGCAGUGAGCAACAGCCCCGCCAGCUCCACCACUCUGUACUACAGCAUUGAGCAAGCCCCACGCCUCGGCAGGCUGAGCACCUCCCAGGGGGAGGAAAUCAGGAACUUCACCCAAGCCCAGGUGGACAGCAAGUUGAUUUUCUACCAGCAUGAGAUGCCAGAUAAGCCCUUCUGGCUGGCCCAAGAUGCCAUCCGCUUCCGCAUCGUCACUCCCACGACUAUCUCAGAUUCCUUCAUCCUCCUCGUCCUGAUCUCCUUCGAGGAAAAGUGUCCCCAGCGCUUGACUCAGCUAUGGAAAAACGCAGGUCUCCAGCUCACAAGAGCUCAGAAGGCUGACAUUGACACCUCGGUGUUGGAUGCCUCCAACCUCCUGAGCCAAGUUCUGGUCUCUGAGAGAGCUGGAUAUGAUGUUGUCUUCCUGGUGACGGAGCUACCGUCUCAUGGACAGCUCUUGGUGGCCGGUGUGCCUCUGGAACGGUCACAGCCGUUCUUCCUGCAGUCAGACCUGGCAGUGGGGCAUUUGGCAUAUGCCCAUGGUGGGGACAGCAUCUCCAAAGACCAUUUCAGUUUUAAGGCUUGGCUCCGCCCCCGGGAACAGCAGUCUGUCCGUCCUCCACAGGAAGGGGUGGUCAUCUCUGAGGUGUUCAAUAUAACAGUGACCAGCAGCACCAAGUCACCGCAGGUGGUGAAGCGGAAGGAAGUGCUGCAGGUCCCACCAGGCUCUGUGGUCACCUUGUCCCGGGAGUACCUGGAUGUGGCAGACCCAUCGGUGUCCCCACAGGAGAUGGUGUACAGCAUCCUCCGGAGUCCUCCCGCCGGCCACGUGGCCAGCGCACACAACCCUCGGGAGCCCAUCAACCGCUUCACCCAGGCGGAUGUCAACGCUGGCCACGUGGUGUUUGUUGCCACUGGGAGCCGUGCCCCUGGGUCCUUAGCCCUGAGCCUUUCCAAUGGCCACCACCCACCCACCCUGACCUUGCUGGAGAUCGAGGUGCUGCCUGCGUUGAGCACCACUGCGAGCCCGACACUGCUGGAAGUGCCCCAAGACCUGAACAGAGCCCCCGUGUCCCACCGUCACCUCCUGGGCACCACACCACGAGGGGCAGGUAAUAUCCUGUACAGGAUCACCAGGGGCCCCAGGUUUGGCCAAGUGCUGGUCAACCAAAAGCCAUCACGGGGCUUCUCGCAGAAGCAGCUGGACCGCAGGGAGGUGAUGUUCACCUUCAGCGACCUCACUUCUCCUGAGGACGACUUCCAGUUCCUUGCCACGUCGCGGGCAGGAAACUGGACCGGGGUGGUAAAUGUGACUGUCCAUGCUGCAGUGAAGACCCAACCAGGCAGCCUGUGGCCCCGGGGCACCACAGCCCUCCUAGACACCAGCAUCCUCGAUGCCAGUGAGCUGGCCAACCGCACCAAGAGCAUCCCAGUCUUCAGGGUCCGCAGGGCGCCCCAUGCCAGCCGUCUUGUGAGGGUAUCCAGGGACCCAGGACAACCCACCACCCCGAUUGAGACCUUUAGCCAGAGUGAGCUGGAACAAGGGCUGGUGGGACUGGAGGUGCUGGCUGCUGGGGACACCCACCAACCCCUGCAGAGUGACAGCUUUGUCUUUGAGCUGGUGGCUGCUGGCGUGCCACCAGCGCUAGCAUCCCUGGAGUACAGCAUCGAGCCCUACAACGCCUCGAAAUCCUAUGGCAUCACCCUGCUCACAGCCCCUCUGGCACCUUCACCCCCCGUGCCCCAGGGCACAGCACAGAGCAGCCCCAAUGCCAGUGAGCUGGGCAUGCCCCCCACUGCCUGGCUAGCCCCCAGUGCCACCACUAGCCCCAGCCCCGUGGAGGGGGGCACCUUCCUCAGCUUCAUCGAGGCCAACAUGUUCAGCAUCAUCAUCCCCAUUUGCCUCAUCUUACUCCUGCUGGCCCUCAUCCUGCCCCUGCUCUUCUACCUGCACAAGCGCAACAAGACAGGGAAGCACCAUGUCCAGGGCACCCCUGCCUCCAAGGCCAAGAACGGGGCUGUGCCUGACCAUGAGACCUUCCGGAGGACAGACCCCAACCAAGGCAUCCCCCUAACGACUGUCAGCGCCCUGGAGGGCAAGGGCACAGGUCCCCCACCCCAGGGCACAGGUCCUGGGGCACCACCAGACCCUGAACUCCUCCAGUACUGCCGGACUUCCAACCCCCCACUGAAAAACAACCAGUACUGGGUGUGAAGGGCUCAGGUGCAGGGGCAAGAGAUCACCUGGGAGUCAAGAACCUCCCACAGCACCACCGGCCACCUCCUCCUGGCUCUCCUCCUCCUCCCUGGGAGCUGGCAUCCCAUAGAUGCAGGAGGGCCCUGAGGAUGCAGGGGCUGCUGCUCUGGCCCACCUAGGAGCCCCACAUCUCCGGGUGGCUUUGGGCAGGGGAGGGGGGUACUGCAUAAGCAAGUGGGGACAGGCAAAAUACAUGAGCAUCCCUGGGGAAUGCUGACUUAGGGUGCUCACUUGGGCUACUUGAUGGUGGCCACAGUGCUGGGGGAUCUGAUGGCACUGGUCCCUUCAGAGCCACUCAGGCAGGUCCAGUGGUGGCUCCUCCGUGGGCAGCACCAUCCACCCCAGGGAUGCUUCCCACAGCUCUUGGCAUGAGACGGAGGAUGAGGAGCGGCUUGCACUGAGUCAGGCUGGGGAUGAAGCUGCCCAAAUCCCCCAGGGCUAGGUGGGCUGAGACACUGGAGCAGAGGCUCGGAAAAAACUCUGUGGCCAAUGCCAGGAGAAUUUAGGAAUCCCCACCCACUUGGAAAAAUACCCGCCUCGCUCUUUCUCUACUUGCAGUGUGCUUCCUCAAGUUGAUUGCACAGAGCCCUGGGGAGGUUGCACAACAGGUAGGAUGCCCGUAGUGGGGAGGGGGGGACGGAGUUUACCUGGGCAGCAUGAAACCGGAGAGGAGAGCAGAGAGCCAUAGCCAGCGCCGUUUUCCACUGUAUACUCCAGUACGGCAAAA